GGCGCGGCGCGGGGCGCGGGGGUCGGGGCCCGCCCUGGGGCUCUGCCCUCUGCAGCCCCGGUACCCGGCACCCGGGCCGCGUUCUGGGAGGAGCAGCAGGUCCGGGGAGGGCGGGCGCAGGACAGCGGGCGGAGACGGAGCCCUGCGCGCGGGGACGGGGCACCCCACGGGGCACACGGGGCGUCCCCAGCGGACGCCCUCGGGGCAGCGCCGUGCCCGCCCGCCUCGGGGGCUCUCGGGGUCGCUCCUCCCCCGCAGGCUGCCCAGACCCUCCGCGUGUUGGAAGGCAGCGUUCCCGCGGCACAGCUUGCAGAGCCCCCGGGGCGGCCUCUCCCAGGGCCUUAUCAGACGGAGAGGGCUGCGGGGCCGCGCGUGGGGCGAGCGGGCCGCGGAGAUAAGGCCGCAGUCCGCGCGGCAGAGCGGGGCUGCGGGCAGCACAGCAGGGCCCCUGCAGCGGCCAUGGAAGGGCGGCAAUGCUACGACCUCCUGGUGAUUGGCGGGGGCUCCGGCGGCCUGGCCUGUGCCAAGGAAGCCGCUCAGCUGGGGAAGAAGGUGGCCGUGGUGGACUACGUGGAGCCCUCGCCCCGAGGCACCCGGUGGGGCCUUGGAGGCACCUGCGUGAAUGUCGGCUGCAUCCCCAAGAAGCUGAUGCACCAGGCGGCGCUGCUGGGGGGCUGGAUCCGCGAUGCCCCCCACUAUGGCUGGCGGCUGGCCCAGGGCCCGCACGACUGGCGGAAAAUGGCAGAGGCCGUUCAGAACCACGUGAAGUCCCUGAACUGGGGGCACCGGGUCCAGCUGCAGGACAGAAAAGUCAAGUACUUUAACUUCAAGGCCAGCUUUGUCAACCCGCACACAGUUUGCGGUGUCUCCAAAGAUGGGGAAGAGACUCUGCUUUCGGCCGAGCACAUUGUCAUCGCCACUGGAGGGCGGCCGAGGUACCCCACGGAGGUCGACGGUGCCUUGGAAUACGGGGUUACGAGUGACGACAUCUUCUGGCUGAAGGAAUCCCCUGGAAAAACGUUGGUGGUCGGGGCCAGCUACGUGGCCCUGGAGUGUGCUGGCUUCCUUACUGGGCUCGGGCUGGAUGCCACCGUGAUGAUACGCAGCACGCCCCUGCGGACCUUUGACCAGCAAAUGGCGUCCUUGGUCACAGAGCACAUGGCAGUUCACGGCACCCGGAUCCUGAGGGGCUGCACCCCCUCGAGGGUGGAGAGGCUCUCAGAUGGGCAGCUCCAGGUCACCUGGGUGGAUGUCACCUCCAACAGGAAGGACACGGGCACCUUUGACACCGUCCUGUGGGCCGUAGGCCGAGUUCCAGCAACCAGAAGUCUGAACUUGGAGAAGGCUGGUGUGCGUACCAACCCCAGCUCUCAGAAGAUCCUGGUUGACGCCCAGGAAGCCACCUCCGUCCCCCACAUCUACGCCAUCGGAGACGUGGCAGAGGGGCGGCCAGAGCUGACGCCCACGGCCAUCAUGGCCGGGAGGCUCCUAGCCCAGCGGCUUUGCGGUCAGACGUCAGACCUGAUGGACUACGACAGCGUCCCCACGACAGUCUUCACGCCCCUGGAGUACGGCUGUGUGGGGCUGUCAGAGGAGGAGGCCGUGGCUCGCCAUGGAGAGGGGCGUGUGGAGGUGUACCACGCCUAUUAUAAACCGCUGGAGUUCACCGUGCCUGAACGGGACGCGUCCCAGUGUUACAUAAAGAUGGUGUGUCUGCGGGAACCCCCACAGCGGGUGCUGGGCCUGCACUUCCUCGGCCCCAAUGCGGGCGAAGUUACUCAGGGAUUUGCUCUGGGGAUCAAGUGUGGGGCCUCCUACCAGCAGGUGACGCGGACGGUGGGCAUCCACCCCACCUGUGCCGAGGAGGUGGCCAAGCUGCGCAUCUCCAAGCGCUCGGGCCUGGACCCCACCGUGACCGGCUGCUGAGGUUAAGCGGCCAUCCCUAGACACGGGGCGCGCGGCACACCUGCUGCCCCAGGGCCAGGCUCAGCGGCGCUCAGAUCCAGGCAGGAUGCUGGAGGCUGAGCCCGGGCGAGCCUCGCCCCUGCCCGGUGCGUCUGCACGGACCGCCGCGCGCCCUGCAGGGAUGGCCCAGGCCUGCACCUCGCACCCCCGCCCGUGCCAGAGAUGACGACCUGUGCAGAAACCCCCCCGCGGGCUGCCCACGUCCGAGCCCCCUGGCGUUUCCGGGGCACAAAUAAAGAGGGUGCUUUCCAGAUGCGUGCCGU